AUCCCUACUGGAUUUGGGAAUUCUCGAUGUUUCUCCUUCUUCUCUAGUCCCCAGUCUUCUGUGUUUCAAAUCUCUCCCUAAACCUGAAUUGAACCGCUCUACAGUGGCCACAGCGAUCAAGGACAGUUAAGAACACUUCACAUCUCUUGAAUAAAUUAUGGCUUGCUCAGAAUCUGGUGGAGAAGAAAGGGAACCAACACAAGCCAAUACUGCUCCAAGGAAGCCACGGAUUCUACUGGCUGCCAGUGGAAGUGUAGCUGCCAUAAAAUUUGGUAACCUCUGCCAUUCCUUUUGUGAAUGGGCUGAAGUAAGAGCAAUUGCCACAAAAGCAUCUUUGCAUUUCAUUGAUAGAGCAGCACUUCCCAAGGAUGUAAUUUUUUACACGGAUGAAGAUGAAUGGUCCAGUUGGAACAAGAUAGGUGACAGCGUGCUUCAUAUUGAGCUACGCCGUUGGGCUGAUGUCAUGGUUAUUGCCCCAUUGUCAGCAAACACCCUAGCCAAGAUUGCCGGCGGUUUGUGUGACAACCUACUCACUUGUGUUGUUCGAGCAUGGGACUACAACAAGCCUUUGUUUGUUGCACCAGCCAUGAACACAUUGAUGUGGAAGAAUCCCUUCACUGAGCGACAUCUAAUGUCCAUUGAUGAACUUGGAGUUUCACUUAUCCCACCUGUCUCCAAGAGGCUGGCUUGUGGGGAUUAUGGAAAUGGUGCAAUGGCUGAGCCUUCGGUGAUCUAUUCGACCGUUAGACUAUUCUAUGAGUCACGAGUUCAACAAGGUGGCAGUACUGUUCAUUCAGCAGGGUCGUAAAGUUGCCACUUUGAGACAUGACAGUAUUAAUUUGACUCGGCAUCUUCAAAAUUAUCUGCUAUGUAUGUGCUGAAUGUUUCCAUGUUCUACAUAGGUGAUGUGUUGUGUAAUGAUAUAAAUGAUUAAAUGAUGUUGCUAGAGGCUCCUAAUAAAUGAUCUUUCUUGUGGUGGAUAUAUCAACUGGAGAGGUGAGAGAAAUAAAGCACUA